AUGCCGGACCGAUAUCAUGACGAAAAGGCCUUUCCCACUCGGUUAUCUCGGGCCGGCACGAGCAUCCGACUAGGAGCCCCGCGCGGCCGUAACAUUCUGCCGCUGAGGCCGCCGCCCAUCCGGAAGAGGACUUGGCAGAAGGACGGCAGUACUGGAGAGCUCCGCAGCAAGUCGUUUGAAGACGCUCAGUACAAUCAGUACGAUGAGGGGCGAGGAGGCCAGGACCGAAACCCCUUCGAUGACUCCAAUGAGGUGGGAGACCAGCAAGACAACGACAACGACGACAAUGAUGAGCCGUUCUCAGUCUUUACCAAGAGACAGAAGUGGUCCAUUCUCAUCAUCAUCGCUUCUGCUGGUCUUUUCUCCGGUUUGUCGUCCAAUAUCUACAACCCCUCAUUGGAUGCAAUAUCAAAGGAGUUGAUGGUUAGUGCAUCACAAGUGUCACUUACAAUCACCUCUUACUUGAUCAUGCAAGCCGUUACACCACUACUAUGGGGCCCCAUGUCUGACACGCUCGGUCGGCGACCGACUUACAUCGCCUCCAUGGGAGUCUACAUUGGCGCAAACGUUGCGUUGAGCUUCUCGCCAAACUACGCUGUGUUGCUUAUUUUCCGUGGUCUUCAAGCCGCAGGAAGUGCAUCCACUGUCAGUAUCGGUAAUGGUGUCAUCCAGGAUAUCUCUCCGACGGCCGAAAGGGGUGCAUACAUCAGCUUCUAUCAAGCCAUUAGGAACUUCAGCACGGCAAUUGGACCGGUAUUGGGCGGCGCCCUUGCCAACUCCUUGGGCUUUCGAUCCGUGUUUGUCUUUUUGCUUAUUGCCUCGUCGCUUAUUCUCAUCACUAUUAUGGUGUUUCUGCCAGAGACUUUGAGAACUAUAGCCGGCAACGGAUCCCUCCGUCUGAACGGCAUCAUCUACAAGCCGCUCUACAGAUAUGUGACGAAGGAGCCUAGGUACAUGGAAGAUCCAGAUGGGCCUUUGAACCGAAAAAUUACCAUUUGGACCUUCUUGAGGCCGUUCAGGCUUUUCAAAGAAAAGGACUUGGUUAUCAACCUCGUCUGGGGUGGUGUGAUCUAUGCCAUUUGGAACAUGGUCACGACUAGCACAACUCCACUUUUCAAGGAGCGGUUCGGACUGAACGAACUCCUUCUUGGUGUGGCAUUCUUACCCAACGGAAUUGGGACCAUCGUCGGCUCCGUGUUUGCAGGCAAACUCCUGACUCGGGACUACAAGGCCGUUGAGGCCAAAUACAAGGAAACCCACAACAUCCCCUACGACGAGGAACUAUCGCCCAAAGACAUUGCACCAGAUUUCCCUUUAGAGCAAGCCCGUCUGAGACGUCUGCCGUGGAUAGUCACCCUAUUCGUCACCUCCAUCGUCGGCUACGGGUUUUCUCUGGCGUAUCCCACGGCAACAUCCCGACCCGGAUGGAUUGCGCUGCCCUUGACAAUGCAAUUUCUCAUUGCCGCCUCGGCGAACGCUAUAUUUGCGCUGAACCAGACCAUCAUUUCGGAUCUCUGUCCCGGUGAAGGCGCGAGUGCCACAGCCAUCAACAACGUGGUCCGUUGCGGGUUGGCAGCUCUCGGCGUAGCAUUUGCAGAGCAAAUGCUUAACGCUGUUGGCCCUGGUACGGCUUUCCUGGUUCUCGGGAUGGCGGUCAUAGCUGUGUCGCCUAUCCAGGUUGUCAAUCAAUUUUGGGGGCCCAAGUGGCGGGCUCAAAGAGAAAAGAGAAGGUCAAAAGUGGGUGUACAAGAUCAUCCAGAUCGACAGAAAGCCUAG